GCCGGGUGGUGGUGGUGGUGGUGGUGGUGCGUACGCGUACGCGUGCACGUGCACGCGCGGGCGCGCUGUCUCGCUCUUUUUCCGGCCGCCGAUCGAGAGGAGAAUGAAGGAAACGAGCGACGGCGAGGCCCGGGAGGCUGAAGAUGAAGUUGCAGAGUUGGAAGAGCCGGAGGAAGGCUUCAGUGAUCCCGAAGGCUUCGUGGAUGAUAUCUCCGACGAGGAAUUGCUGGGUGAUAUUUUGAAGGAUCAACCUCUAGAAGCUGAUGGCAUAGAUUCUGUUAUUGUUGUGGAUAAUGUACCACAAGUUGGACCAGAUCGACUAGAGAAACUUCGAAAUGUCAUCCAGAAGAUCUUUUCCAAGUUUGGGAAAAUUACAAAUGAAUUUUACCCAGAAACAGAUGGGAAGACUAAAGGGUACAUUUUCUUGGAAUACAGUUCACCAGCUUGUGCUGUGGAUGCUGUAAAAAAUGCAGAUGGAUACAAGUUAGACAAACAGCAUACCUUUCGUGUCAAUCUCUUCACUGACUUUGAUAAAUACAUGAACAUUAGUGAUGAUUGGGAAAUUCCAGAGAAACAGCCUUUCAAAGAUUUUGGGAAUCUUCGAUACUGGAUAGAAGAUCCAGACUGCAGAGAUCAAUGCAGUAUCAUCUACGAGUCUGGAGACAGAACAGCCAUUUUGUGGAAUGAUAUAAAGGAACCUGUCGUCAUUGAAGAGCGUGCACGUUGGACAGAAACAUAUGUUCGUUGGUCUCCCAAAGGCACAUACUUAGCGACAUUCCAUCAACGUGGUAUUGCUCUUUGGGGUGGGGAGAAGUUCAAGCAAAUUCAGCGGUUUAGCCACCAAGGUGUCCAGCUAAUUGAUUUUUCUCCGUGUGAAAGAUAUAUGGUGUCAUUUAGUCCUUUAAUGGACACAAAAGAUGACCCUCAGGCCAUUAUCAUUUGGGAUGUAUUAACAGGCCAGAAGAAGCGAGGGUUUCAUUGUGAAAGCUCAGCCCAUUGGCCAAUAUUCAAGUGGAGCCAUGAUGGCAAGUUUUUUGCACGAAUGACACAAGAUACACUUAGUAUUUAUGAAACACCUUCAAUGGGUCUGUUAGAUAAAAAGAGUCUCAAGAUUAGUGGAAUAAAGGAUUUCUCAUGGUCUCCAGGUGAUAAUGUUAUCGCAUUUUGGGUACCAGAGGAUAAAGAUAUUCCAGCCAGAGUCACUCUAAUGCAGUUUCCAACAAGGCAAGAAAUGAGAGUGCGCAAUCUUUUCAAUGUGGUGGACUGUAAAUUACACUGGCAGAAAAAUGGAGAUUACCUCUGUGUGAAAGUAGAUAGAACUCUGAAAGGUAUACAGGGUCUUGUGACUAACUUUGAAAUCUUCAGAAUGAGGGAAAAACAGGUUCCUGUAGAUGUUGUGGAAAUGAAAGAGGGUAUUAUAGCUUUUGCUUGGGAGCCAAAUGGAAGCAAGUUUGCUGUGCUACACGGAGAAACGCCUAGAAUAUCGGUAUCUUUCUACCACGUGAAGAAUAAUGGCAAAAUUGAGCUCAUCAAAAUGUUUGAUAAACAGCAAGCUAACAGUAUCUUCUGGAGUCCACAAGGCCAAUUUGUGGUACUGGCUGGUCUGAGAAGCAUGAAUGGUGCUUUAGCAUUCUAUGACACAUCAGAUUGCACAUUGAUGAAUGUAGCUGAGCAUUACAUGGCUUCUGACGUUGAAUGGGACCCAACUGGACGUUAUGUAGUGACUUCAGUCUCGUGGUGGAGUCACAAGGUGGAUAAUGCGUACUGGAUGUGGACGUUCCAAGGACGUCUCUUGCAAAAGAAUACCAAGGAUCGUUUCUGCCAAUUGCUUUGGAGACCUAGACCUGCAACCCUGCUCUCUCAGGAUCAGCUUAAGCAAAUCAAAAAAGAUUAUAAGAAAUAUUCAAAAAUCUUUGAGCAGAAAGAUCGUUUGAGUCAGUCCAAGGCUUCCAAGGAAUUGGUAGAUAAGCGACGUAAAAUGAUGGAAGAAUUCCAUAAGUAUCGUGAGAAGACCAUCCAAAUUUACGCAGAGCAGAAGCCCCAACGUUUAGAGCUCCGUGGAGGUGUUGACACUGAUGAGCUGGACAGUAAUGUUGAUGAUUGGGAGGAAGAAACUGUUGAAUUUUUCGUGACAGAAGAAAUUAUCCCUGUUGGAGAUCAGGAGUAGUCAUAUACAGUGCCACCAUAUUUUCAGCUGAAGCUGAUUUCUCCUGUGUCACCUGGAAGUUGAAUGCGCUCCACUCUUGCGAAGAUCAUCACAGUGCCUUUUCCUAUAUCAGUUUCCUUGGUGGUGAUAAAGACACUGCCUUCACUUUUAAUAAUUGUGAAUAAAUUUCACUAAUUAGCAGUGGCUCUGCAGUUUACUUUGUGUUAUUAUCACUAGUCACUGUGGAGGCUAUCAGUGGUUUAUGUAAGUAUAUUAUUGAGGCACUCAGUUUCCUGUAGCCAUGGGCUAUUUUUACAUCCAUGGUAAAUUAACAUUGCAUUUUGUAUGGAGGAAUAUUGAGACUACAAUGAGGGUUAAUACAUAUUUUAGUGUCCACUUACGGCACUACAGUGGACUGUAUCCUCCUCCAUUCAGGUUAUAUCUGACAUCAAAUGGGAUAAAAUAAAGCUUAGUAACACCAAUUAUGUUGUGCUUGUGUAUUGAUUUUUUUUUGAAACAACUUCACUAAUCCAAAGAAAGCUGUUUGUAUGCCUUGCUGACUUAGUACAUUAUCAGCAGUUUCUGGUUUGCCUUGGUAGUGUGACAAGCCAUUGCAAGCCAUGUGACAGUUGGUAGUUGUUUUGCAAUCUGCAGUCUGUUUGGUCUCAUCAGGCACAAUAUUUUUCUAACAUCAUACUAAAUAUAAUUUUUUAUAAAUGGCUAUCUAUCCAUUUAAAGAGCUGGAGGAAUAUCCUGCAUUAUAAUUUGGAUGUUGAGGAAAACUGUUGUGCCAUAUAGAUGCUAUAGUUGAGCAUUAAAGCCUUGUUAGAACAGGCCAACUUGAUCUGAUUUGGAUUCAUGGCUACCUUACCGAUAACCCUUUGGAACAAUAUUUUCAAAUUUGCAGUGAAAUGUUACUGUAUUUUACAAACCAGGAUAAUGUAGCAAUUGUGCAAUCUUGGCAUUGGUAUUUGGUCUUGAGUUUAAAUUGUUCAAACCUCUACAUCUUAAGGUAUGGUAAGUGCUUAAUUUUUUUUAUUGUAUAAUCUAACGCACAAAUCUAAGUGAAGUGAUGAUCAAUUUUUGUAUUGUAUAUAUGCAAACCAGGCACAUGCUGGAAGUGUGUGCCUUCCUCCAAGUGUGCUUUUGAGCAAUCCAGUGCUCAAACUUUGUCUGUGUUGCUGAUCAUGAAGCACAAGUCAGGAAGAAGGGGAUGGGAGGGGUGUGGUGCUGGGGAAUAUAUUAUUCGAUCUUCUAGUAGAAGACUGACAAAACCAUAUUUCUCUCAGAGCCACCUAUUCAUUCUAAAAGUUGGUGGUGGUCAAUGUUCAUCCUCAAACAAGAGUUCUGAGGUAAACUUUUUUUAAAAAAAAAGCAAAAAAUGGUGGAAAUACUCAGCAGCAUCUUUGGAGAGAGAUGCAGUUAAUGUGGGCUGAUUGAAAAUGUGAGAUGAGGAUUUAACUCUUGCUGGAAGAUGGUUUAAAAAAAAAUCACUGAAGAUCACAGUUGAUCCUGCCAUGUUAAAAUCAUACAACCUACUAAAAACAAGGUGUAUGCAGGCAGGAAAAUCUUAUUUACAGUAUCUGUGGGAAAAAAUGGGACUAAUACAAAAUUUAAGAAGAUAUGAGUAUAAUCAGUAAAAGAGAUGAUCCCUAUUGGAUACUGGUGCAUGUAUCAUAAAUCAUACAAUCGGUCCUGUAAGCUUUCUGUGAAGUGGAUGUGCCUUCCAGAAAGACUUUGAUCUGCUCAUUCUCUGUUAUAAGUGAGGCAACAGCUGCUUAUCUUAAUCCUUCACUAUGGGACACUUUUUGGUGCUCUUUUUGAUGGAAUAUUUAUGUAGCAUCCAUUUUGUAGUAAGAAAUGGCUAAUAUUUUGUAUUAUUAAAAUUAGUUUCAAAGAUUGUAAUUGAAA